AUGAAAUAUAUAAUUCUAUUAUUAUUUAUACAGAAAUGUGUAUCAUUUGAUCUCCCCAAAAGUGCUUGUAAAACAGACUUAACUAUAGACAAAGAUCAUUAUAAUGUGACUAAAACUUAUAAUGUCGAUGAUGCCUAUCCCACUGACGCUCAUUACGAUACUUACGGAAAUCUAUUCUUCGUCGAAUAUGGUCGGAACUUAAAUGGUUAUUAUUUUAAUAUAAAAGUUAUAAAGGACAACACAACUGAAGCUCAAAAUAUACCUGGUUUACCAGACGGUGAAAGUUAUUCUAUUGCUGUAGACAGAAAGGAGACAAAAGUAUAUUUUGGCACAAGUAAAGGAAUUUUUGUUUACAAGUAUGAAUCAAAUGAAGCCACAUUAGUGUCCAGCCCCGAUUUCAAAUUAAACAUGCUUUUCAUCGACAAAGAUGGAAAUAAAUACAUCACUGAUAGCCCUAACGACACUGAAGAAUUGUAUUUAUUGGCAGGAGGUAAAAAAAUACGUUACAGAAGCUUCGAAGCUCUAAACGAAAUGGCCAUUGAUGAAAAGAAUAAUUUUUACUAUAUUAAAGAAGAUAAACUUUUUGUACUUAAGUCUAAUAUCUCAAAAGCUAUCUUUAUAGGCAAUGUGUCAUAUGAGGGCUUGGCACAAAUAUCUUUCUAUGAAGAAAUUAUUUACGUUGCAAGUGAAACUUUAUCAUACAUACACGAAAAUGACAGCGGUCCUUUGAAAUUGGUAAAAAAUAUUCCAGGGAAAGUCACAGCUAUCGCAUUUGAUUGUUAUGGUAAUUUUAUACUUGGGACUUUUGGAAAAAUAUUCAAGUAUGAGGCCAACAACAAUGAGUGCUACCACAGAAAAAGUUAG